AUGACAUCCAUUGGAGAUAGCGGCGAACAAACUGCUAGUCAAGCAACAAAUAGACCAACAUUGACUACAAGCAUGGGUAUUAUUGAACGCUGGCGUAUCUGUAAUAGCGACAAUUUACGCGACGAACUCUUCUGCCCAAUAUGUUCGUGUUUAUUAUGGCAACCGCGCUCUUGUAGAUUGUGUCAAAAUUUGUUUUGCAUGUACUGCAUUUUGAAAUGGCUAAAGACGAAUAAGAAAUGCCCAUAUGGAUGUCAAGAAUACAAGGAUAGGAGUUGUUCACCGCAGAUGCGGUGUCUUCUGUCCAACAUCCAGAUUCAGUGUCAAAGUGUUCACUACGGUUGUAAUGCAGUGCUUUCAUAUAACUCCUUAGAGACACAUCAAGCUAAAGAAUGUGCUUAUGCUUCCAUUCGAUGCCAAUACUGUGAGACUCUUAUGCUAAUCGGUGCGAUUGAAGUUCACGAGCAAGAAUGUGGACAAAAACUUGGCAGUUGUUCCAUAUGUAACCAAUGUAUUCCGUUGCGCGUAUUGCAGCAGCAUCAAUCGUCUUGUCCCUCGGUGAACCCCCAGCAUCAUUUUCAAAACAUCAACCAAGUUGGCAAUUUAGCGCAGCAUGUUCAAACACUUCAACCUGAAACUCUAAUACAGAAUAUUCUACUUCAAUUGGGUGGCAUUGCCAAUCUUACACCAGAAGAGCAAGAUAUACAGCAUAAGUAUUAUAAUUUAGAAUUUACACUCUCAGACUAUUUAUCGAUAGUUAAAAGGAUAUCCUAUUUAGCAUCGCAAAGAAAAACGAACGUGUCUUCGAGUACUACAGAUUAUACCGCAGUUAUUCCGAUCUCAAUUGUUUUGGCAUUAAUCAGUAUCACUCUUGCUUGUUUGAUUAUUGUUGUGGCUUUAUUGACGAAACAUUUACACACUGCUACCUACUUAUUAAUUUAUAAUACAUGUUUCUCAUCGACAUUGUAUUGCAUAGUGCAACGUAAUAAUUACAUUUUUCUUGAUUUUAUCGUUUGGGAUACCAGUGAUGCAUCAUGUCGAUGGCGUGGCUAUUUCGCCCAUAUUUCGAUUGUUGCCGUUACUUAUUCCUAUUUGAUUCAAGCCAUAUCACGUUAUUUCUUUGUUGUAUUUUCUAUGACAUUUCGAUGGAUAACUUCUUUGAAGACACAUCUGACUCUUAUUGCUGCUCAAUGGAUCGUUGUAAUAGUUUUACCAUUACCGAGCAUUGUUACUAAUGAUAUUUAUUAUGCUCCGAAUUCACUUUGUUGGGUCCGACAAAUGUUCUUCAUUCACUUUGCUUACACAUUUCUAGUCUAUUUCUUUACACGACCGAGAGAAACUUCCAGGCGACAAAAACGCGAUGCAAAUAUUUUCCGUAAUACAUAUAUUAUAAUUUUAUUUAGUAUCUAUAUAUUCGGUGGAUUGCCGACACUUAUCUACUUAAUUUUUGGCAACAAUAUAUUAUACUUUAUAGGUCUCAUUUGGGUUCCGCUAGCAGUUGCUGUAGAAAAAGCAGCGACCAUAUUUUUCGAUCGAGAGCUACGAAAAAUAAUUAAAUGUGUUAUUGGUUGCUCGAAAACACGAGUGAAACCAUUGGAUUAUCACACUACUAUCGGUACAGUUACACAAUGA